AUGCAAAUCUACGCUUGGUUUAUAUCAGUCUUGGUGACAGCUGCUUCUGCUACCGAGACCUAUGACUAUAUCAUUGUUGGAGGUGGUACUGCAGGAGGAGCCCUCGCAACCCGCCUGAGUCUCGGUCUUCCCAAGUCCAAGAUCCUUCUUCUAGAAGCAGGCCCCUCAGCCCUCGACGAUGUACGAAUCAACGUACCGGGAAUGCGCGGUUCAAUUUUGGGAUCACCACUUGAUUGGAACUUUAGCUCUAUCGCCCAACCUGGUCUCAAUGGGCGAUCCAUCAGUGUGAACCGCGGUAAAGUUCUCGGAGGCUCAUCCGCCAUGAACUUCUUGUGCUAUGACCGUGCCGCGUCUGCCGAGUACGAUGCAUGGAGCGAGCUUGGAAGUCCAGGUUGGAACUGGCAAACUAUGAUCCAUGGGAUGAAAAAGUCUGAGAACUUUACGGGUAACGACGGGGACAUCCAUGGCCGCUCUGGCCCCAUCAGCUCUACCUACAAUCGUAUUGUCCCCGAUGUUUUGAAACCGUGGCAGUCUACCGUCAACAAAUUGGGCGUCCCGAUCAAUGACGGAGGCUCAUUGGGAGGAAAGCCUAAUGGUGUCAUGUUUCAGCCCACCAAUAUUGACGUGACCAACUACACCCGGUCCUACAGCGCCAAUAGCUACCUGCCAAAGGCUGGGUCUAACCUCAAGGUCAAGACCAACGUCCACGUUGCCAAGGUUCUCUUUUCUUCUGACAAGAGUAAGGGCUUGACUGCCACGGGCAUCGCUCUUCAAGAUGGCUCUACGAUCAAGGCCCGAAAAGAGGUUAUUCUCUCGGCAGGCUCUAUCCAGAGUCCAGGUCUAAUCGAGAUGUCCGGCAUUGGCCAAGCAUCUGUCCUCGCCAAUGCUGGAAUAAAAAAGAUUCUCGAUCUCCCAGGUGUCGGCGAAAACUACCAGGACCAUCUCCGAACUUCAAACACAUAUAUACUCAAGGAAGGCUAUGAGUCCUUUGAUCCAUUCAUUUUCGAUGCACAAGGCACCAAGGCCACGGAGCAGUUCAACCUAUGGCUUGAGAACAAGAAAUCGUGGUAUGACUAUACCAGCAGUGCCUACGCUUUUCUUAACUGGGCCCAAGUUAGCGAUAAAGUGCACAAGGAUAUCACUAAACUUGCAAAAGACGGGUUUGCUAAGAAUGGCACUGUCGUGGACAAGAAGAAGCUUGAGUACCUGAAGGAGCCUUCUAUUCCCCAACUGGAGCUUCUUCUUGAAGCCAACUACGUGGGCGCUCAAGGCUAUCCCGCUGCUGGAGGCAGUUUCAUCACCAUCUUCUCUACAGUAAUGCAUCCCAUGAGCCGUGGUAGUGUUCACAUCAACGAAAAAGAUCCAAAGGGCAAGCCAAUCAUCGAUCUCAACUACCUCAACAAUGAGUACGAUAUACAAGCACUCGUUGAAGGUGCCAAGUAUGCCCGCAAAGUUGCCUUCACAGAGCCUCUGCGAUCUGUAUGGGCUGCUGAAUUUGAACCAGGUCUGGGGACGAGGACGGAUAAACAGUUACGUGACUGGGUCGUCAAGACAGUCAACAGCUUCUAUCACCCUAUCGGUACCUGCGCGAUGCUUCCUAAGAAGGACGGUGGUGUCGUUGAUUCCAAUUUGAAGGUUUAUGGCACCAAGAACUUGCGUGUCGUGGAUGCUAGUAUUAUCCCGGUUCAGCUUUCAGGACACAUUCAGACGGCUGUGUAUGGAAUCGCCGAGACAGCUGCGCAAAAGAUUAUUGAUGCGGAAAAGAAGUUUGAUAGGAGUUUGUAA